AUGCUUCUUAACAGGCGCUUCACCGCCCGGAAUGGUGCCCUUGUUCUCGUCACUGGUUUCCUCGCCAUCCUGUUCCUCCACCCGCGAAUCGGUCUCUGGCGAGACGACACGGAAACGUUCCAGGCAAUCCCGAGCAAUCGUGACACGGCGCUCAAAGACGGCAAACAGCAAGACCAGAUGACAGUCAACGGUAAAAGGAUAGCUGUCGUAGUUGCCAGUCAGCAUAAAGACGAUACGGCGUGGCUCUCCGAGUACUUUCCAUACUGGGAGAAACACAUCUAUAUGGUGGACGACGCCGACGCCAAAUUGAAGGUUCCCAAGAACAAGGGGAGAGAGAGCAUGGUCUAUUUGACCUUCAUGAUAGAUAAUUACGACAAUCUUCCCGAUAGCACGCUCUUCAUCCACCCAAACCGAUACCAAUGGCACAACGAUGAUGCCGACUACGAUGGAUUGCCCGUGUUGCGUCAUUUCCAGUUCCCUUACCUCGAAUCCGAGGGAUAUGUCAAUCUUCGAUGCGCAUGGAGCAUGGGUUGCCCCGAAGAGAUCAAGCCAUUGGACGAAGAAGGCGAGCAUAGGGAGAAUGUGCAUGCAGGUGGAGACUAUAAAAAGGCUUUCCAAGAAUUGUUUCCGGGGAAGCCAGUUCCAGACAGAGUCGGUGUGAGCUGUUGCGCGCAGUUUGCGCUCACCAAGGAGAAGAUCAGGGAAAAGAAGAAAGAGGAAUACAUCAGGCUGAGAACAUGGUUAUUGGAGACGACACUGGCAGAUAGCAUCUCAGGGAGAGUGCUGGAGUACAGUUGGCACAGUAUGUGUGGUUUCUUUCUUUUGUGUGACAACAUGUUGGGGUGUCGUCGAUUCUGGUGUGACAGCACACAGCGACAAGCGCACAGGAAUAUGGCUAAAGUGGCUACUUGCUGCCCAAAAUGCAGUGGGGCAACUUGGUACUCGAACACUUGCACGACCCUCCUAACUUCUUGGACAAUUUGUUUGAGGAAGAUCCUGUACUGA